AAGAGAGGAAGACUCCCAGUGAAUCCAAUAGUCCUUCUUCAUCUUCUCUGUCAGCACUUAGUGACUCAGCUAACAGCAAAGAUGACUCGGACGUCACCCAGAAAAACAAGGGAGGGAAUAACCUUCUGGUCAUUUCCGUAGUGCCUGGGAGCCAGCCUUACUGAACACCGGAAGAAAAGUCAGAGAAAGGGUUCGAAUGUGUUUUCUGCAACUUCGUCUGCAAGACGAAGAACAUGUUUGAGCGGCACCUGCAGAUCCACCUGAUCACACGGAUGUUUGAGUGUGACGUGUGCCACAAGUUUAUGAAGACUCCCGAGCAGCUGCUGGAACACAAGAAAUGUCACACUGUCCCCACUGGUGGGCUCAAGUGCCCAUUCUGCAUUUACUCCACCAACCGCCCCGCAGCCAUGGAGUGCCACCUGAAGACCCACUACAAGAUGGAGUACAAGUGCCGGAUCUGCCAGAUGGUCAAGGCCAACCAGCUGGAGCUGGAGAUGCACAUUCGGGAGCAUCGCCUUGGCAACCACUACAAGUGCGACCAGUGCGGCUACCUGUCCAAGACAGCCAACAAGCUCAUUGAGCACGUGCGCGUCCACACCGGCGAGCGGCCCUUCCACUGUGACCAGUGCAGCUACAGCUGCAAGCGCAAAGACAAUCUCAACCUGCACAAGAAGCUGAAACACGCCCCGCGCCAGACCUUCAGCUGUGACGAGUGCCUGUUCAAGACCACCCACCCCUUUGUCUUCAGCCGCCACGUGAAGAAACACCAGAGUGGGGGGGACUGCGCAGAGGAGGAGAAGAAGGGCCACAGUCCGGCCCCCAAGGAAACUGCUCCCGGGGGCCCCCUCCUCGUGGUGGGGAGGCCCCGGAACCUUCUAUCUCCCCUCUCCAUCAUGUCCGCCUCCCAGGCCUUGCAGACAGUGGCACUGUCAGCUGCCCACGGCAGCAGCUCAGAACCCAACCUGGCGUUCAAGGCCUUGGCCGUCAAUGGCUCCUCUUUGCGCUUUGAUAAGUAUCGGAACUCGGAUUUUGCCCAUCUUAUUCCCUUGACGAUGCUUUACCCCAAGAACCACUCGGAUCUCACAUUCCACCCUCCCCGACCUCAGACUGCACCUCCUAGCAUAGCCUCACCCAAACACUCCUUCCUUGCCUAUCUCGGAUUAACAGAAAGGGCAGAGACUGUCUGAGGGCAGCCUUGUUUCUGAACCAAAAACCAACACACACACACAUGCACACGCACACACACACGCACACACACACACCCAUGAAACACAAACUCCAGCAGGUAUGUUGCUGCAAAACCCAGAGACAGACGAGGGUCUGCACCGUGUGUACUGUAUAUCGUUCAUGAGGUCUAGAGAAGCGGCUCUCUGAGUGUACUUAUGGCGUUGACAGGAAAGCUGCUUGAUUCAGCCUUCAGAGAGGUGACCUGUUGCAUUCUUCUACCUUCAGAGGCAUGUCUUCCCCCCAGCCCCCUCCCCUGCCCCGUGCUUUUAUCUUGAAGAAAUUUUGCCUCGUCAGCAAAACCCUGACGAGUGUCCUCAAUGGCAAUCAGCACUUGUAAGGUGACAUACUGGUGCGCUUUCAUCUUGUUUGGGUGACUUGGCUGUGUGAGUGAGUGUGAGUGCCUGUUGGCAAAGAGAGUGCGUUGGCUCGUGGGCCAUGCCAUUUCUGUUGCCGUUCUUUGUCCCGGCUUAUUUCCUAAGGAGAAGCUCCUUUUCCUCCGUGGGAUGGUCCAUUGCCCUCCCCUCUCUCCCCAGGGUACUUCAACGCCUCCCCCCUCUAUGUUUCUGAGCAACAGGAAUGUAGGACCCAGGGCUCGAGUUGACGAAGGGAUGACUGGCCUCUUCAGUAUUGCCUGAGAUUUCUAACAGAACAUCGAGGCUUAUCCUCUGAUCUUCACUGGCUGUGAAGCUGAGGGGAUCAGGCGGUGCAUCUGGAAGAAAUAACUCAAUACUGCAGCUGAUGCCACCCGACGCACCACCCGUGGGUGUACGCGCACACACCCACGGGUGUACGCGCACACACGUGUAUACUAUCUUUAUGGCAAGGGAUCCAGAGAGUGCGACUUUUUGAAAGGGCCAAUCACAUACGUCCCACAUUAAUGCAGUGGUUAUCUUUGUGUUUGCGGGAACCAUUGGUAUGAGUGAAAAAUUGGAUGUUGGUUAUAACCAGCCAAGGGGAGUAAAAGGGGGUUUGGAUAAAUUCUGGGUAUAAAUGCUCAGACUAAAAAAAAAAAAUGGCAGGUUUGCACAGUGCUUUUAGCCUUGCACUAGCUUGUGUUUCUCAUCUGAAAAAACGAAAGGAAAGCAAAGAAAAAGAAAGGAAAGGAAAGGAAAGGGGAAAAAUGGACCUCUUCUCCAGAAUGGAAGACUAUGUUAGCAAAGUUAAUUUACAACUUCUUUAAAAUAUAAAGACACAACAAAAGGUGCUGUUUGAACAUUCUGUUCAGUUCUAUGCCCCUCCCCAUCCCGACCCCACCCCCAGCAAAACAAAACAGAAAAAUAGUCUCGGUUGUUUCUGCGGAUCUUCUGGCUGUAUCUAUAUCUCCAUGUUAUCAGUAAAAACUGUAUUCCAUUUCGUUAACGCCUGGUAGGACAUACCCUGCUAGGAGGCUAACUUUAGACUUAUUUAAAGCUCUUAUUUUGUGGUCAUUAAAAUGACAACUUCUACGCAGCACUUUAUUGUAGCAAGAAGCAGAUGUGGAUUGGUUGCAAAACCCUUUGUUGAUCUGGGAAGGCAACGGGUGAUUUUAAAAGAAAAUCUUUGGCUGAGUAUUUUCAUUGCUUUUGUAUUUUUAAGACAACAGGAUUUCCAGUGUGAAACAGGCCUAAAGAGCAGGAAAGAAAUGUGCUUUGUAUAGUAAUGGGAAGUCUAGAAAAUGAUUUUUUUAUAUAUAUAUAUUAUUUAUCUCUUGAAAGGAGCUGGUGUACAGGAGGGAUGCUUUCUUAUUGUGUUGUUUUCCCACAGUGUGCUAGCCUAGAUUUGGGACUUGGUUUGAGUUUGGUUUUUUUGUUUUGUUUUGGUUUGGUUUUGGUUUUGGUUUUUUUCAUCUGUUUCACCAGGAAAAAUAAAGUAGCUCUAAUUUUUUUCUUCCUCCAGGCAAUUCCCUUUACUGAAUGCCACCUUGAACGUGGUACAGUUGUACAGGAAGCCAGAUGACCGUACUGUCUAACCUUCCCUGUAGGCUGCCCUUCCCCAAGACUCCUGGCUCCCCCCCCCCCCCCAGGCAUGUUCCAGUCCCCUAGGGGGAAGGCCUGUUCUGUGCACUAGAUGAGCCUGUUUACACUAAGGAGAAGGGUGGAUGGGCAGGAGGGGGCGCUUCAGAAGGUAAGGAGAGUGAGACUCCUGUCUGCUCUUCCUUCUGACCACCCCCCAAUCUCCCUCAGCCCUUUCAGCCCUUUUCCCUCAGUUUUGUUCUUGGCAAGUGGCCGUAGGAGGCCUGGGAUUCGAACUUGCCACGGUAAUGUUUCUCAGUUGAAGAUGCAGUCCAUACACUCCAAGAAAUCCCGGGGCAGCUG